CCGACUUCGCCGCCGCUGGUCGGGGUUGUCUGGACUCAAACGGGUGAGGGGAAAAGCGGCGGAGCGGUCGACUCGAGACUGGGGUUUCCUGCCGCAAGCAGCGGGCUUGUCACAAAACAGCCUUUCACUCUUCGAGGGGCCUUGUGGCGCUCCGUCCUCAGAGUUGCAAAGACUUCUGGUCAGCAGCUCCUGGAAAAUGAACGUAUCUGCAUGGAAAUACUGAAGAGAAAACCGAAAGAAAGGUGCUUGAAUUGACUGAUCUUGAGGUGGAAUAAAUGGAUUACCCUCCUUUUGGAAAACUGUUGCCAUGGAACUAGGUAGAGUUAAAUGAUGGUUGACACAAUGAAACAAAGGUAAGACGGCUACAGGCUGAGGAUACGGGAGAGCGCCAAGAAGAAUCUGAACACAGUCAAGGAAAGAACGAUUCCUAAAUAGGGACCAAAGACAUCUACAGUCCGAAUUAAUGCAUGCCGUAGCAAAACAAAAAAAAACAGUAUCUGAAAGGGAAUGACCAAGAAAAAGAACAUCCCAAAAAGUAAUACACUCUGCAUCCAAGAGCUGAUGAGAAUAUCAAUGGAGUGUUUGCCUCUGGGAGUAUUGUGUGACGGUCUGUAUUCAGACCUCUUGAUUCAAGUUACUGCCGUUUUGGUCUCACACAGGUGUGAGUCAGGUCCUGGCAAACAUAUUGACGGACUAAAGGACUGUUGUGACGGAACACAUUCUCAAUGGUUUUAUUUAGAUUUUUUUUUGGUUUGUUUAUUUGCACAAGAUGCUAUUGGACUACAAUUUAAUCCCAACAUAGCUCUGUUUGCUUGAGCUGUUAUUGUAGUGGAGAGUGUACAUGUAAAGACAUUUAAGGUCAUCAAAGAACAUCUCACAUGGUGGUGCGUCAGAAGUGAUAUCAUUGCCUGCUCGGUGCCAAACUGCUUCAGCUUCAUGGGAAUGAUUGCACAGUUUUAAUAUUGUAUUUUUCUGCAGUAGAAACCUGCUUCAAGACAUUUCUGUUCUUUUUUUGUUGAAAGUUUAAAUUUUUUAAAGACCGAGCUGUAAAGUGUACCUUUUUUAAAAAAGAAAAGAAAAAGUGAGAAGAACUAUACCGUCACACUGAAGAAGUAAGACUUACCAUUUGGCCUUUUCAUAUAUUGAUACAACCAUUGUCUGUUCAACCUCACUAUCCACUUUCUGCUACAGAAAAGUAAUUAUAACAUCUGCGAUAGAUAUUCCUCAGCUUGAACUAUUUUGGUUUUUCAAAGCAUUUCCUUGUUUUACUGCCAAGCCAGAGACUCUUUUCUUUGUCAUUCAUGGUUACUGCCGUAAGCCUUCCAGUUUCUGAUCAGAAGCAUUCCCUUGUAUAGACACUGACAGUUAUCUUCGUUUUAAAUCCAAACUUGGAAAAACAAUGCAGAAUUUUUCUAACAGUCCGGUUCCCCCUUCACUUCCCCCGGGGUUCAGUGGGAGGGGUGGAGGGGGAACUCCGUAUCCCCCUCAGCCAGCAGACCCCCAGAUUUCCCCAAGGAUGACAGAUGAUUACGCGGGGAUGCAACAGCAGAGCCUGCACAGAGGCCAUCACCACCCUAGUCAAGCCAGCCACAUGCUUGCUUACAGUGCGAGGAACAGAGGUGCUGUGGAGGCAUCGCCAACACAGGGUAACAUUCACAGCGGCAACACUAACAACCCCUACAGGAAGGAUGCCAUGGAUUAUUAUUUUUCAAUGGCUGGAAAGGACAGACACAGAAGGGGGGGCAUGGCAUAUGGGGCAGGGUUUGGGUACCCUAAUAUUGAUGGACAUAUACCUCACCAGUAUCGGCAUGCUGGGUCUUCGUCUGCACCAGCAUCUGGCCUGAUGUCACCAUAUCCAGUAGACUAUGGCUCAAGUGCUGGUUCUGGUGGAGGUGCUGGUGCUGGAGCGUUCUCUCCUUCUCAUCAGUACAAUAUGAGUCAGAAUGCUGCAAUGCAGUCAGUGCCAGGUUCUCAGAUACAGCACCGCCAGCUUGGACAAACCUUCCCAGCUGUCCACCAUGGACAGCAGCAUAGGAGCUAUCCACACUCUGGGCACAGAAUGACCCCUCAGUACCCACACUACUCACCACAGGGUGGAACAUCCACAGGGUCAUCAGGAAUGUACAGCCCUCCUCCACAGAGAUAUCUUGAUGGGGCUGCUAGCGCGGGGUUCGAUCCCAAAGUCAACAGUUCUCCCAAUGUCAACUCUAGUUCAAACUCAGUCUCCAGUUCAGUUGCUGCUAACAAUGUGGUGCCAAUGGAGAAUGUUCAGCAGAGUUACCAUGCUUCAAAUUAUCCUGGAUAUUCCCCACAGACCCUUUCGCUUCACAAGCAAGCCACACUACAGCACCGCAACUUGCAGCACAAUUUAGGGGUAGGUUAUGACAACUCUCUCAAGAUGCAGCACCAGGGCCUGUCUCCAGGCUCUGUAUAUGCUAAACAUCAUCAAGCCUCCAAUCCCGCUAUACCUCAAGCAGCAUCUCAAGAAAUAGCCAAAUCCCCAUUGCAUCCCAAUGCUCAACAAACCCAAAUUAACCAAAACUUUAGCCCGAUAUCCAACCCCUCACCAGCGGCCUCUGCAGUACAUUCCCCCAGUUGUAGCUCCUCUCCUUCCCCAUUGAUGGGCAUCUCAGAGGUACAUGCAAACCCCUCAGGUCAUGGUCCUUCGCAUCCUUCGUCAAACCCCCGUAGCAGCCAUGGUCAAGGUAGAUUACUGCAGACUAUGCCACAAUUAAGUCCCACACCGAACUCAAAUAGCAGCAUCAGUAGUUGUGGUAGCAGUGGCAGUCAUAAAGCUCACAGCAUGAGUGCAAUUGGAGGAAACAGUCUUCCUCCAACAGGCCGAAACAAAUUGGGUUUAGGCACAGGAGUCGGAUCUCGAGAGGAAAGCUCCUCUAUUUAUUCAUCCUCUCCACUUGACAAAAUGCAGGAUGCUGGUCUGAAUAGUCUUAAUGCCUUGAGCUCGCAAGUAGCCAAUUUACCAAACACAGUUCAGCACAUGCUCCUCACCGACUCAGUGCUUUCACAGAAGAAGGGGAAGGAUGUGGGGCAGAUGCAACAGGCAACGCAUGGCGUGCUCCCAUCACAACCAAGAAGUCGAAAUGCAAGUGCAGCCUCGAGCACUAGCACAGUUAAAGACGGAAGUGCACCAGGAAUUGGUGAUGGCGCCAGCUUAGAUGUUGGUGCUGAUGAAGACUCCUCACUCAUGUCAGUUGGAGGCUCAUCAGGGACCAAGGUGUUGCGUGAGGAGCAGUUUUCUGAAGGGGAACAUGGGAGAAUGAGGCAGAUGAGUGGCGCAAGCAGUGGAUCUGAACCAACUGGCUGUCGCCCUCCCUCUCAGAGUCAAACACAGACUGGGCAAGCAUCAGCUGUUAAAACAAUUGCCUCCCAUUCCCCAUCAAAAGAACCAAAUGUUUCCAAAACGAAAGCAAAUGAAGCACGCGUUCCCUCUUCGUCAUCAUCUCCAUCCUUUGGAUGUCAGUCAUCAGAGACUGGCCCAACUUCACAUUCAACACCUCCGGUUUCCUCCUCUCCAUCAUCCACCUCCUCCAGUAUUCCUCCUCUACAGCCAAAUUGUGUCUCACAGCCUGGUCACGCAUACAGUGACCACAGAGGUGGCCAUAGGAGGACAACAGAAAUAAAAAGUGAGGCCAUCAAAACUGAAAGUGAAGGCCCAGUUGACAAAACGGAGAAAGGCCGUAGCCAAAUGCAGCGAGUUGGAGAAGUCAAUUCUCAAAAUUGUCAGGACAAAGAAAACAGGUUGCACACUGCAUCCAGAUUACACAAUAAUGAGAGGGGAGAGAAGCACACGUCUGAGGAGCAACAGAAUGCCAGUAGUGUCGGUGUGAUUGUUUCAGCUCGGUCUGAGGGAAGUCACACUGAAAAAAGCCAGCAUCCCCAAGGCAACUGCAUAGAAGAGAAACACUCUUUCUUAAGAGAGUCAAGCAGCCAUAAUGGGGAAGAAGGUGUAGAUCUGAGCGUAUAUUCCUCCCUUCACCAGAAAUCUAAUUUUGGACGGCCUCAAAAUCCUCCCCAGUCUGGACCGCAUAAAUAUAGCUACCCAGAAUCAACAUAUGGCUCAGAUUUGACAAUGAAAAGCAGAGGUAGGGCUGGUCCGGUGGGUGUAAUGGAAUCAAAUUCCAGAUACUUAGGAUAUCAACAAUCACAAGCUGGUUAUGGCCCUGUGCAUCCAAAAGAUGCUGGUUCUGUCACAGAGGCUUUGGUAAAGAGAGGGCAAGGAGCAGGAGUCAAAGGUCACGAGGAUAAUUUGCAGCAAUUUCCAAGCCUUCUACAAGAGGUUCUUCAAGGUUACAAUUUAGAUCGACGUUAUGGCAGACCAGAGCAGGCCUUUCCUGCCCAUCUCCAAGUUCAACAACAGUUUCAACCCAGACACCUGUACGGCAUAACUGAGGCUUCGGCUCAUUCUGGGCAAAUGGGUAUUACUGGAAAGCCUCCACAUCCAAACCAGAGGCAUGGAAGUGAGCCUAGUUUUACCACAAAUGCUCAGUCCUCCGUGAAGUCUGAAGUGUCUAUUACUAAGAUAAUACAAAAUGCUGAGAAAAAUGACAUGUGCGUGUCCCAGAGUCAUUUAACACAGGCGGCAGAGCCUCAGCAACCCCCAACCAAACAUAUAAACUUAGCUGACUAUUCUCUACCACAAAGAAAAGCCUUAUCUAGUGUGUCCACUCCUCCCUCUGCUGUGCAGGAGCUCCUUUUGCAAGAGCCAGAGCCGCUUACGGGCAGCAUUGGUCAAACGGAGUCUCAAAAAUCAUCAGGCUCCAUAUUAGCCCCAUCAGAGCGGCGCUCUGUCAUCUGUGAUGUGUCACCAAACCGACACAGCACACCAGAGAGGGACAGGGAAAGUGACAGAGAGAGAGAGCGGGAGAAAAGUCAGAGUGGCGCCUCUGUUAUUCAACAGCCAUUUUCCUCUCCAGCAGCAGCCAAUGAUUUGAGUAAAAAGGAUAUUGGAGAGAAACAAGUGGUGAAAAUGGAAAUGGCAUUAAAAGAGGCUGCCUUAGAUGCUGCAACUUUACAGACUGAUCAUCAUGGCAUUGGUUGCACGAAUGAUGCUGAUAUGGAAUAUCAUUCCAAGUCUGUUCAUUCAUCUGUUGUGAUGAAUACUGACCCCUACAGGCGCGGUAAUGUUGAUAUUACACCCUUGCCUUCUCAUCCUUUGAGUACUAACCCUUUAUCUUCACCUUCAAGGCAUCAGUCCUAUCUUCAUGGUGUUGAUUUAUCUACUGGCAGUGGCAGCAGUUUUCCUGGAUAUCGAUUUGGAGAUACAAGAGAAGGGAAUAUGAUACCACGCAGUAACCCCCAUUUUCCCUCCCACCAUCCGUACCACAAUUUAUCCCCCCAGCAGUCCACAAAUAAGCUUCAAAUGUAUCCUCACCCUCGUGGCCCCCCUCAUCACCCCCAUGACAUGACUGACUGGGUAAAGGCAAUGAACAGGCCAUCCAAAGAGAUGAUGAUGCUUCCUCGUUCUUCUCCAGGAAGACAUAAGGUUAGCCAAACGGAACCGAGACAGAGGAUGAUGAUGUCACAAACUGACAUGCCCGGUGAACUACACGCAGCCAAAACUUCACUUCAUCAAAGCGCUUUCUUUGAUUUGAAAAUGUGGGAGUCAACACACUCUGGAAGAGAAGGUGCUAGAAUGAUAGAGGGAGACUCUUUCUACAGAACGCAACCGCCUCCUCCUGCUCCUGUAGCUUCACACGUCCCCAUUCCACCACAAAUGACUCAUGGCCUAAAUGCUGCUGAACCUGAGGUCCCCAGAGGAGCCACGGAGGAAGCCAAACAUCCAUGUCCACCUCCACCCAGCUCUGCUAAGCCUUCUGCUGACAUGAGCUCCACACAGCGUCAGACUAAAGCCGGGGGUUCUGGAGACACAAAUCCACUAAUAUUGCGCCGGAGAGUUCGCUCUUUUAUCUCUCCUAUUCCCGCCAAAAGGCAGCUCCAGGAUACGUCCCAGCAGAGAGCUGCUACAAAUUCACAUCACUCCCCUGGGGCUCAGUCUGAGUCGAGCCAUCACAAUGAAGAUGACUCCUCCAGUUCAGAUAUCCCAUGUCCCAGGCUCUCUUCCCCUCUGUCCGGAGAGAAUACCUAUUCACAACCUCUAUCUCCAUCAAGUGGUAAUACCAGGGCUAUGCCUCCCAGGAAAAGCCGAGGUUUGAAACUGGAGGCAAUAGUGCAGAAAAUCACACCAAAUAUCAAAAAGCCAUCAGGCCAUGUUGAUGAUGAGUCAAAUCAUUAUCCGGGCUUCUCUCAUUCAGAAAUACCAUCCUUUAGUGAUUCACAGGACCAAGACUUGGCACAUUUCCCCAGGGUUGCAGGAGGGGACGAUAGUUACAUGGAUGAAAGUAAUUCAUUAAACAACAUUAUUUCCUUUAGAGGCGUUGAUGAAACCGGGCCUUUACCCCCAUCAGCCUACCCAUGUGAUCCUCAUCAGACGUCCCAAACCCUAAAACAAGACUUUGACUUUGGAUUAGGAUCCACUGUUGCAUCGGGUGACAAAGAGGAUUUUGCUCUGCUUGGACCUUUACCCCCUCCUCCACCUCUUCCUCGCCCGGUCCAGGGUUCCCCACCUCCAUCUUCAUCUGCCCUGUCAGACAUUCAGCAUUUCACCAACACUUACCAGCAGCUGGAGACGAGAAGAGGAGAGCAGUCUGCGGCUGACCUUCUUCGACAGAAACUUCAAGAAUCUGGCAUGGGAUUUGAUGACUAUCCCGGCAGUGACUACUAUGGAGCCACCUCACCCCACCCUAAUCAGGCACAAGGACACAUGCUGAACAGGCAACAUCAGAUGUCCUCUGGUAGAUCCAGCCUGUCGCCGCAAGAUUCUAAGCUACAAGACAGUUCCGUGCCUAAAGGCUAUUUCCCAUCUGGCAAGAAGAAGGGGAGGCCCGUAGGGAGUGUGAAUAAACAAAAAAGGGCUAAUAACCAAGCCCAAACACAGGGGCAGGAUCAUCCCCAAGGACAGACUGAGAGCACAACUCGGAGUGCCACUCCCGAGCCAACUACAGCUGAUGCUCCAACCUCACCGUUGGUGGAGACUACGAGCUGCACACCACCCCCUGCAGCACUCCAUCUACCCGACGACAACAAUGAUGAUGCUCCCCCACUGACCCCACCCAUUUUAACCCAGAUGGUGAAAGUGGAUGUUGAGAAUGAGGAAAUGCCGCCAGAGAUCGAGGUCAAACCUGUGCGAAGGAGACGCAGAGGUGAGUCAACACAGGCAAGAGGACGACGGAGAAGGAGAGGUGCAGGACCGACUGUGCCACCAUUGGCCAAAGUUGACCCAGAUACACCUUUGGGGGGAGGAGGAAGCCCUGGCACAAAUAAAGUAUUUGUGGACUUGAAUAGAAAGGGCCCGUUUGUUCCGCACAUACACGUGGAGAACAAAGUACCAGAGAUUGGGGCGGUGUGCUCCAUUGUAAAUGCUGAGGAGGAGAAGAUGAAAGGAGAGCGUACUACAGUCGGAGGGAAAGUGGGCGGGAGUGGGAUUGAUUCUCCCCUGACCUCAGCUCUUUCCUCCCAGUUAUCUCGGAGAGACAGAGAAUCUGAGAAAAGAGAGACAGACGAGGUGGAGACUACACUCCAGUCGGGAAAAGCACUUCCUUCAUCUGGCUACAUUGUUUCUGGCCCCGUGAUUACAGAGACCAAUCACUCUGGCCGCCUGCUCUGCUGCCUGUGUCAGAAAUGGGCAAAUUACAAACAUCUUGGAGAUCUCUACGGCCCUUUCUAUCCAGCUGAAUAUGCUGCAAAGCUCCCCAAGAACCAGCCCCAGGUCCGACAAUGUCAAGCGACCACAGGCGCAAACAAAAUGGUACAAAACUCAGACAUGAGCUCAAAUGCUUUGAGCGCCAACCAGGACGCACAAACCCAAGACGCUCAGUUUACCAAGCCCCCAACUGAGAGUGACUUUGCCAUCAGCCUAGAUUCAAACCCCGUACCUCUCCCUGCUAGAGUCAGAUCCGCCCCGGCAGCUGGUGGUGAGGAAAUUAUGAUGCACGUGACGGGCAAGUUCAGUAACACCCCCUCCUCUUCCUCCUCGUCCUCCUCCUCUUCGUCAUUCUCCUCCUAUACCAGUAAAACAACGUCUCUGACCUGGGACAUGAAUCUAGACAUCCGGCCUAUCCCGAAGCUUAAGAGAGAGCCCAACCUUGAUAUAGACAAGCAACAGCCGCAAAUCCAGCAACCGUUGCAGAAGCCAACAGACGAAGCUCAACAGCGACCUCAACACAGAAAGCUGACCUCACACCCCCGCUUUAAAAGGAGGCACAAAUCUAGUGAGGAUUCCCCAAGAAUGGUGCCAUCCAACAGUAAGGCGUCCCUGCCCUUCCAGCCCCCUCCGCCCGCCUUGGACUCCCUGGGACCCUUGGCGCAACUUGCCCAGCUGCCUCAGAUGCCCAUGGACCCAGAGGAGCUGUGGGUCCAUGAAGGAUGCAUAGUGUGGACCAGUGGGGUGUAUCUUGUCAAUGGGAGACUGUAUGGCCUGCAGGAGGCACUAGAUGGUGCCAGAGAAACAUCCUGCUCAUACUGUGAGAUGGUUGGCUCAACCCUGGGCUGCUACAGCAAAGGCUGCACACUCCGCUACCACUACCUGUGCGCUAUUGAAGCAGAUUGCUCUCUGAACGAAGAUAACUUCUCACUGCGGUGUCCGAAGCACAAGGUAAAGAAGGAGAGUUUACCCAGAGCAUCCGGCCAGCCAAGUCAGUGUACCUGGAGCAGUCCGAGAGAGGCUGAGAGGAACGCAGAAGAGGAGACACAGGAGUCUGGGAGCUGUUCUUUUGGUCAAUAGACGACUGAGUGGGACUUGUUUGUGAAGCAGCCCGACGUGUGAAAGGACGGGACUGGCUUCUGCGACGGAGAACAACAAAAGGGAAUGUACAAUUUCUCAACUGGGAAUCCGCAUUAUCUACAUGUAAGACAAUGGAGAAAAGAAAUCCUUUUUUUUCUUUCUUUCUUUUUUCUAAGAGAAUUGUUGCUGUUCACUUGAAAAAGAAAACAUGAAAAUGCAACAGAGCGGAAUGGAGCUCCAAGUAAAAGAUGAAAAAUGAGACGUCAAAGACUGAUGGUGGAACUAAAGGAACUUUUUUUGAAGAGAACAAAAGAAACAAACUUCCUCUCUAGGCUUACUUUGAUUUUCCUAAGACACCCUCAAAGUGUCUUGUUUAUCAUCUGUAUUAUCAUUUUAUUUUUUCUCCGUUUUUCUUUUUAGUUGCUUUUCAAGAGGCGUUUUGGGAGCGAGCCCAGAAAAGAAAAACAGAGAGAAUUCUAUAUCCUCUCACGAGUAGUAUUUUAUCUUAUGAUAUUAGGAUGACCACACUUAUUAUUUUAGUCCUCAUUAUUAUUUUGUAUCCUUGUCAGUAUUUACUUAUGAAAAUGAAAUGGAUGUAUCUCACUUUAUAUAUUCUGUCAACACAUGAAUCUGAUUUAUUUUUCAUUCCUGGAGAGGGAGGAGCCAGAGUGAUGUCUGGAAUGUCAGGGUUGAGUUUGCCACAAAGACAUUAUUGCCUUGGAGAACGGACAUCUGUUGCCUUUCAAUAGUCAUGUGUGUGUGUGUGUGUGUGUGUGUGUGUGUGAGAGUGAGAGAGAGAAAGAGAGAGCGAGCGAGAGAAACUGAAAACAAUGCCGAUAUCUGGGUCUUUGAUUCCAUUUUUGGUCCUUUUUGAAAAGUGUUCUUAUUUUUCAUCACUGGGGUUUUUACGGUACAGAUAGUAUUCAUGAAAAAAUCCCAUGGACACAAUCUUAUUUUUCAAGUACAAAUGUCCGUUAUGUGCAAAGAGAAGGACAGAAGAGGGGGGUAACACUACGGACUAUUGCCCGUCCGCCAUCUUUGGCUGUGCGGACAGGAGGAAGCUGGACAGCGGGACACAGCGUUGUGGAACUGUGUACUGGGUGCACACGCGGGGACAAAAACAUUUGUUUGGGAACUGGAAGCUUUGGGAGCCGGUGGCUGCGACUGGCCGACGGGGAGUAAGCCUUACCGAGUACUUCUGAAUGGUUUCAUUCUUGAGCGACACAGCAGCGGUUUGAUCGGGAGAUGCAAAAUCCAUUCAAAAGAAGCAUUGCCAUAAAAUGUACAAGUGAGUCGUA